AUGAGCGACAUUGAAGCGGGAGAGAUCGAGGGCACGCGCGCUGCUAACUCUGCGACGGAGAACGUCAAGUCGUUUCUUUCGGGCGGUUUCGGAGGAGUCGCUGCUGUACUUGUCGGUCACCCUUUUGACUUGACAAAAACGCGCUUGCAAACGGCUGCUCCGGGAACGUACAGGGGUGCCAUCGAUGUCGUGAAGCAGGCGGUCGCAAGAGACGGCGCAUUUGGUCUGUACCGCGGUGUUGUACCGCCAUUAUUGGGUGUCACACCUAUCUUCGCACUUUCUUUCUGGGCCUACGACGCGUCUAAGGCCGUUGUAUAUGCGUUAACACCUAACCGGAAAGAGGCUUCUUUGUCCUCGGCCGAGCUCGCAGCAGCAGGCUUCAUGUCCGCCGUUCCCACUACACUCGUCACUGCACCAGUAGAGCGCGCGAAAGUGCUAUUACAGGUGGACGGACAGGCCGGCAAGGCAAAGUACAAGGGCGUCUUUGAUGUCAUCGGCCACCUGUACCGCGAAGGCGGGAUCAAGAGCAUCUACCGCGGUUCAGUCGCCACAGUAGCACGCGACGGCCCUGGUAGUGCUGCGUACUUCGCCGCUUACGAAGUAACAAAGAAGUUCCUGACCCCUGCAGGCGCCUCCCCCAACGACUUGCACCUCGGCUCGAUCAUCAUGGCGGGUGGAACCGCAGGUGUAGCGAUGUGGGCCAUUGCCAUCCCUCCCGAUGUCUUGAAAAGUCGUCUGCAAUCGGCGCCGACGGGCACGUACUCGGGUAUCAUGGACUGUGCGAGGAAGACGAUUGCGGCGGACGGUGUUAAGGCGCUUUGGAAGGGCUUUGGACCGGCUAUGGCGAGGGCCUUCCCGGCUAAUGCUGCCACAUUCCUUGGCGUCGAGGCAUCGAGGAAGUUGUUGGAUGGGUUCUUCUAA